AAGCUUUGUCAUUGCUAUUGGGAGCAGCUUAGUUUUUAGUUAGUGGUGAGGUUUAGUUAUGAUAUGAUUGUGUAGAUAUUAGUGACAAUAUGGAUAUAGGGUACAAAUUGAAGGCAGAAAAUCCCAAACAAAAUGCAAAUAUAUUUUCAAAGAUAUUUUUCGGGUGGAUGAUACCACUAAUAAGGAGAGGAACUAAACAGAAUUUAGAAAUAAAUGACUUAUACAAAACUUUAAAAAAAGAUCAAUCAAAAAGACUAACAGAUGCUUUGGAAAAAAAUUGGCAAAAUCAGGUUGAUAAAGCGAAGAAGAAGGGAGGAAAACCCAGUGUACUUAUGGCUAUAUCAAGGACGUUCGCUUUUGAAUUUAUGAUGUACGGAAUACUAUGGGCCAUUCAAAAUGUAGUUCUAAUGUCUCUAAAACCAAUAUUGAUUGCACAAUUGAUCGAGUUAUUCACUGACGAUACUUCUACCAGAUUUAGAGAAAUGUAUUUCUUCAGUACAUCAUUAAUUUUAGUGUCACUUUUAAUUGUAUUCUUCUUCCACCACACGAAUUUUGGUCUGCAAGCAAUUGGAAUGAGGAUAAGAGUUGCGACUUCAUCCUUAAUCUACAGAAAGAUUACUCGGUUAAAUCAAAAAUCUUUGGGCGAGACUGCUACAGGACAAAUUGUCAAUCUACUAUCAAACGAUGUCCAGCGAUUUGAUAUGGUGGUGGUACCGUUACACGCGUUGUGGGUGAUGCCGCUUCAGGUGGCCAUACUUAUGUUUAUAAUCUGGAAUCAAGUUGGCAUUUCGUCUUUAGCAGGUGUUAUUUCGAUGGCAAUCAUUGCUUUGCCCGUACAAGGUUAUAUGGCAAAGCUCAUGGGUAUGCUUCGACAAAAGGUUUCCGGAAAAACCGACACCAGAGUGAAACUAAUGAAUGAAGUCAUUGGUGGUAUACAGGUGAUAAAGAUGUAUGCCUGGGAGAAACCAUUCGAAAAAGUCAUAAAACAAGCUAGAUCAUCGGAGAUUGGUGAUAUAACAAAGGCAUCCUACUUGAGAGGUGUAUUUUCUAGCUUCAUCGUAUUUUUGGAUAGAGUGGCUCUAUUUUUCACUGUUAUGACCUACGUUUUACUAGGUAACGUUAUUUCCGCUGAUAUAGUUUUCUCAUUGGCCCAAACCUUCAAUAUUCUACAAACAGCCAUGGCCAUUUGGUACCCAGUUGCAAUUAGUGUUGGAGCGGAGGCUCUAGUUUCAGCUAAGAGAAUUCAAAACUUUUUAAUUAUGGAGGAAAGAGAAGAAGCGUCUAUCGAAAAAAUAGAUAAGCCCGGUAUAAUACUAUCUAACGUGUUUGCUUCUUGGACAACUAAGGGACGUACUUUACAAGAUAUUUCAUUCCAAGUUCCACCAGGUACUUUGUGCGCUGUAGUAGGACCAGUAGGUGCUGGAAAAAGCUCGUUGUUACAGCUCCUUUUGGGAGAGCUGCCACUAAAACAUGGAAGAGUUCAACUGGGAGGAGAAGUUUCCUACAGUUCGCAAGAACCUUGGCUUUUCCAAUCAACUGUACGGAACAACAUUCUCUUCGGAAGUCCCUACGAAAAACGCUGGUAUGAAAAAGUGGUUAAAGUGUGUGCAUUGGAACGCGAUAUGGAACAGUUUCCACAAGGAGAUAAAACUAUUGUUGGAGAAAAGGGUGUUUCACUUAGUGGAGGACAAAGGGCUAGAAUAAAUUUAGCACGAGCAAUUUACAGACAAGCUGAUGUUUAUUUAAUGGACGACCCGUUGUCUGCUGUUGACACACACGUUGGACGACAUUUGUUUGAUCAGUGUAUUCUUCACCAUUUGAGAGGUAAAACUAGAAUCCUAGUAACGCAUCAGCUACAAUAUCUGAAGAAAGCUGGUUUAAUCGUUGUACUUAAUGACGGCAAGAUUGAGGCUCAAGGCACCUUUGAAGAGCUAAUGGAUAGUAAAAUGGACUUUACAAAACUCUUAGUUGCUGCCGAUGAAACUGGUGAGAAACAUGACAAACAAGAGGAUGCUGAUCCAGAACCUGUAGAUUUUACAAGAAAGUUUUCUAGUACUAGAAGAUUUUCGGUAUUGUCCGACGCCAGUGGCGAAAUAUCGUUGAGUAUGCGCUCAGUAGAUAUGACUUCGGAUAAAAAUGGUGAAGAGGAAGAAAGUGCUGGUGACGGAAAACCAUUUAAAGACUAUUUGUUUGCCACUAAGAAUAUUUGCUUCGUUAUUUUUGUAUGCGUGCUGAUGAUAAUGGCGCAGGCUUUUGUUGUAGGUGUAGAUUUAUGGUUAACAUUCUGGACCUCUCAAGAAGCAAUACGGCACGAAAAUGGAACAAUAGUUGAAUCAACAUCUCCAACUGUAGAAAUAAUUCCAUUACAUGGAGACAACUUCAGUUAUUCCUAUAAUUAUAAUUACAGUUACAUACCAGAGAAUAACACAAACUCAUUCAAUAACACGAAAUCAUUCAAUAUCAAUGAUAUAUUUGAUACUGUUAACGUCGAUGGCCAGUUGAAAAAAAUAAUCAAAACGAAUUGGGCGUUGUACUUCUACAGUGGUCUAAUAGGACUGGCUAUCGUUUUUACGCUAACUAGGUCACUGCUGUUCUUUAAGGGUUGCAUGAUGGCUUCAGUUAACUUACACAGCAGUAUGUUCCAUAUGUUACUUAAGGCUCCGAUGAGGUUUUUUGAUACGAAUCCCAGCGGAAGGAUCCUCAAUAGAUUUUCCAAAGACAUGGGUGCUAUAGAUGAACUUUUACCUAUGGGUUUCUUAGAUACGAUGCAGAUCAUGUUAGCAUUGUGUGGAAUUCUGGUAAAUAUUACUGUUUCUAACGCCUACAUAGUUAUAGCCAUUGCCAUUCUUGCAGCAGUUUUCCUAAAAUUCCGAUCAUGGUAUAUAUCCUCAGCUAGAGUGCUUAAGCACUUAGAGGGAAUAACUAAGUCUCCUGUUUUUUCUCAUAUUAAUGCCACACUAAAUGGAAUCAUCACAAUACGAGCUUCAAAUGCACAAGAUGUCCUAAUAGAAGAAUUUGACGAAAAUCAGGACGCAAAUACCUCAGCAUGGUACUUGACAAUUGCCUGUAUGAAUUCCUUUGGAUUAUGGUUGGACUUCUUGGCUAUUAUAUUCUUAGCAAUUGUUACAUUCUGUUUUGUGAUUUUAAGAAAAUUCACCGAUGUCAAUGGCAGUUUAGUAGGUCUAGCUGUUUCCCAAUGUUCAGCUCUUACUGGCAUGUUACAAUUUGGAAUGAGACAAACUGCAGAAAUUAUUAACCAGUUAACCAGUGUCGAAAGAGUUAUGCAAUAUACUAAACUUGAUACAGAAGGUCCAUUUGAUACACCAGAAGAAAAUCGUCCGAGAGGAGUAUGGCCAAAACGUGGUCAAAUUGAAUUUAGGAAUCUAUCUUUAAAAUAUGUUGAGAACGAUCCACCAGUACUCAGAAAUCUCAACUUUAUGAUAACGCCAGGACAAAAAAUCGGUAUAGUUGGCCGAACAGGGGCAGGAAAAUCCUCUCUUAUCUCAGCUCUCUUCCGUCUGGCUCCACUUGAAGGUGCCAUUUAUAUAGAUGGAGUAAAUACCAAAAAUCUAGGAUUAACCGAUUUAAGAAGAAAAGUUUCCAUCAUUCCCCAGGAACCAGUACUAUUUUCCGCUUCUUUGAGAUACAAUUUGGAUCCCUUUAACGAGUUUGAUGAUGACAAAAUUUGGGAUGCUUUAGAACAAGUGGAACUCAGGGACAGCGUAGACUCCUUGGACUUCCAUGUAGCUGAAGGCGGUGGUAACUUCAGUUUAGGCCAAAGACAAUUAGUAUGUUUAGCAAGAGCUGUUUUGAAGAACAAUAAAGUUUUAGUUUUAGAUGAAGCUACAGCAAAUGUUGAUCCUAGGACUGACGCACUAAUCCAAGCGACAAUUCGAAAAAGAUUCAAAGACUGCACGGUUCUAACGAUUGCCCAUAGGCUGAACACCAUCAUGGACUCCGAUAAAGUGCUGGUAAUGAGUUUCGGAAACAUGAUCGAAUUCGACCAUCCUCAUAAACUCCUUCAAAUUCCUGACGGACACUUCCACAAGAUGUUACUAGAAACUGGACCAGUGAUGUCGGCGCAACUCAAAGAUGUGGCCAUGAGGGCAUACCAACAAGAGUAAAGACAAGCAUAGUAUAGGAAUCUUUAUUUAUUUUCUUUAAAAUGCCUUUAUUUUCUAAUAACACGUCACACUACAUAAACGUUUUUUUCGGAUAAAAGUUAAAUAUAAAAAAGUAUCUUAAAAAGGAUUUUACUUAAUAUGAAGAUAACGUUAAAAGCGUUGAAAUUUUUCUUUUAUAGUAAUUAUGUUUUAAAAAUACGGUUUGCUAGAUAUUUUAAGUUUUAUUCUAUUUUCUAUUUCUUAUAAUUAACUCUAACUCUAAUUGUGUCAUAUAAGUACCCUCUCUCCUACAGCGCUACAGCCUGUAGCCGUCGGGCCAUGGCUUACCCCAGCAUCCGCCUCUAAGUAUCUCUGUCCUUGGCUGCUCUCCUCCAGUUAUACACCUUUAAGAUCUCUUUAGCAUCGGUUCUUCGUCUAUCCACCUCUUCCUUUGUCUUCCUACUGGUUGACGUCCCACCAUAGUUCCGCUAAGAGUUCUAUUAGGUGUUCCGUCAUUGUAGGUUAUGUUAUGAGGUGACGUGCCCAGCGCAAUAUUUGUAUUUUUGCAUAAUUUGCUAUAUUAUACUGUCAUAUAAGUAAUCUAAGGCCAUUACGUAGACUACAUUUGUUAAUGUAAUUGGCAUAAUAACUACACCACUUAUCACCUUGACAUUAAAUUUUCGCCUUCUUCAAGUACCGUCUCCGCGACAGAGGUCGGCAACCAUCAUACCUAUUCGAAUUUUAAAGAUGGCUUCUCUAAAAUGUUUAUUUAAUGUAUGAUAUUCUUACCUUGGAUCUUUUCCUGCAUAAUCAGUUGGAGCAAGUACCUCUCUCCACAUGUAAUAUGUUCGUGAUAUCCUUCUUGUUUUGAUUGUAUUUAACAUUUUUUCAUUUAUUUUUCGUCAUUUCGUCGAUGUAAUCUGCCCAGCGUUGUAGUUUCUCAUCCGUUUGUGUUAGAGUAAUCCCUUAUAUAUCCAGAAAUGCACCAGUGAGAUUCUGCUUUCUAGGUCCUCCAAUUUUUUAACUUUCUUGUGUGGACCAAAUAGCUAAUCCCUUUUUUGAAGCUCCUCGAUCUCUUUGUAUUUUCUUCAAAUAUUUUUUUCUCUUGCCUGCUUUCUCCUCUUCCUGAUUUCGUGGAUAAUUUUCCUGUUUCCCUAAUUUUUAUCUAUGUUCUUACAAAAAUACUAGAUUUGUUGUAAAAGGUAUAUUUAAAACAUCCUAAAUAAGGGUUACAUUAAAACAAAACGUUUUCGGACUAAGAAAUCCAUCAUCAGUGUUUCUAAAAGCCAAAAAGUAGCAUGCCUGAGCCACCAAAAUGUUUUGGACGAAACCAUGUAAAUGUAAACCGUUAUGUUAUGUUACAUGUUAAUAAAAAAGUUUAAAGAUAUUGCAGAUAUGCCUGGAUAUUACCCAGUGCAACACAGGACUCUUCCCACGUGGUUGGAAUUUUUUUUGAGGAUUAAAAUCUCACAUAUUAAAGUUCAAUGGCCAACUGUUCUUCAAUAUGAACUGAACUUCAAUAUGUGAGGUUUUAAUCCUCAAAAAAAAAUUCCAACCACGUGGGAAGAGUCCUGUGUUGCUCUGGGUAAUAUCAAGGCAUAUCUACAACAUCUUUAAACAUGUUGGUGGCUCAGGCAUACUAUUUUUUGGCUUUUUAGAAACACUGAUGUUCAAUUUAUUAAUCCGGAAACGUUUUGUUUUAAUGUAACCCUUAUUUAGGGUAUUUUAAAUAUACCUUUUACAACAAAUCUAGUAUUUUUGUGAUUUAUGGUAUACAGCCAGCUACAAGAAGUUAAUGUACAGUUCGUGGUGGCCACAUUCUUUUGAGUUGGAUUCUUUAAGCUUGCUUGUGCCUAUUGUAGGAAUGCUUUGAUAUUUUUAAACGUUUUUAAGUGUGAUCAUAAUCCUGAUGAUAAGUGGGUUAUGAUCUGAGGCCACGUCUGCUCUCAGAUAUGCUUUCACGGCUUUAACAGCAUUUUGGUAUCUUUCAUUUAUCAUAGUGUGGUCUCUCUGGUGACUAAUUUCUCCUAUGUAUAUGCGGACGAUCGCCAUGUAUAUACAGUCGUCUGUUUGGUAGCUUGAAACAUGUAUUUGUGAUAAUCAAUGUGUACUCUUGGCAACAUUGUAAUGGAUUGUCCUCUAUAUCGUUGCGAUUUCACAGACUUUAGUUUCUUACACACUUUCUGCUUUGACCCUUCCCAAUCUUUGCAAUGAGAUCACCUGGGGUCAUCGCGAAUUCUCUAGUUUUGGCUACUUUCAGUGUCUUUUCUAUAUCCCGGUAAAAAAAUUUCACUAAACGUACACAUAAAAUUAUUCUAUCUAAAAAAUAACAGUUUUUUCACAUGUAGUGAUAACAUUCACAUUCCUAUUUUUAAUUAAAAUUAUCUACCAAAGAUAUAGGUUGCUACAUAUCUCUAUAAUUUAAAAAGAAUGUAGUUGCAAAUAUACAAAUAUGUUUUAAGUGUUUGUGUUUUGUUAUUUCAAUCAACAGUUUCUACAGAUAAGAUUACAAAAGUACUUUAUCUUUUAUUUCACCACUUUAUAAAAAUAGAAUUAUUAUAUUAAAAAAAAACAUAUUUUAAUUUUAAUUCUACGGCAAUAUUUUCGUCUUAAACAAAUUUUAUGUGGUAAGAUCAUUACGAUCAUGGGAGUACAGGCUCACGAAUUUUCUUUUUCUAGCUUUCUAAGUAAUUAUGAUGGUUCUUUGAUUGGUUAUGCAAUUAAAUAAUGUUAAACAAUCUAGCUAGACAAAUAAAAUUUCUACUUUCAGGCUUUCUAUUACAGUGUACAGUGCCAAGUUCAUAUUAACUUUUUAAUCCAGAUUUUAACAUCAAUACUUAUCUUCAUUAUUUCUUUCGACGUUUUAUAUAUAAAUCACGAAAAAGAAGUCUUUGCGAAAAUCUUUCAAAAUAUUAUAUUAUUUGCUGAUCUUAGAGAUCUUUUGUUUCAUUUCUUUUUGCCGUUCAUUUUUUUUUUUGAGCCAACAGAUAUCCAAAAUAUAAUUUUUUGCAUUAAAAUUUACAAUAGUAAGAUCAAAUAUCUGCAUAUUAUUUCCUACUUUUAUACUAUACGACUGGCAAACGUUUUGUGAAAAUGCUUUGCAACAUUCCCUUCUUAUUCUUAUAAUUUCACGUGUAUUCAUAUUUGCAACUUGUGUACCACCUGUCAUUUUAUCUGUACUACGUUGAUCGGAGAGAUACUAUUUGUAUUGCUAGCAUAUCAAAAAAACUGUGAUAUUUUAUUUGUCUAUUGGUAGUGUGACGUUUUUUAGAAGUAGGCAUAUUCGCGAUGUAUAAAAAUAUUAAUUUCCCCUAAUAUCAACCUAUUUUUUUUAUGUUAAGCAUAUUUAAAUGUAGAUAUAGGCUUUUACAGCAGUUUUAUAUUAGUGCAUUUUAAUCAAGUUUUAAAAAUAAAUAGUCGUUUUUAUA